AUGAAGUCAGUGCUGGAGGGAGUGGCAGACACCACCUUCAGGACGAUCACCUCCGGACUUCAGUAUCUCGGCUCCAACGACGCUAACUAUGAAGACCCACUCAACAAUGUGGACUUCAAGAGCUCCUUCUCGCUGCAGAAGCCGCUCUCCGCGUUCCGCAGUAACUCUUUUCCCGACAAAGUCCCUGCGGACGAGGAGCUGAUCCUGAAGAACUUCCCCUUCUUCCCGACCAAUGCCACCGACCUGUUCAGUAACCGGACCCUGCGGGAGGACGGCAGCCCUCAGUGUGGGGAGAACUUUAUGGACAUGGAGUGUUUCAUGAUCCUGACGCCGAGUCAGCAGCUGGCGGUGGCCAUGCUGUCACUGACGCUGGGCACCUUCACGGUGCUGGAGAACCUGGUGGUGCUGUGUGUGAUCCUGCAGUCGCGCACGCUGCGCUGCCGACCGUCCUAUCACUUCAUCGGGAGCCUGGCCAUCGCCGACCUCCUCGGCAGCAUCAUCUUUGUCUACAGCUUCUUGGACUUUCACAUUUUCCACCGAAAGGACACCCCCACUGUGUUCCUGUUCAAACUGGGCGGAGUCACCGCGUCCUUCACGGCGUCGGUGGGAAGUCUGUUCCUCACAGCCAUCGACCGUUACAUCUCCAUCCACCGCCCGCUGGCGUACAGACGCAUCGUGACGCGCACCAAGGCGGUCAUCGCCUUCUGCAUGAUGUGGACCAUCUCCAUCCUCAUCGCCGUGCUGCCACUGUUCGGCUGGAACUGUAAGCGCCUCAACAGCGUGUGCUCCAACAUCUUCCCGCUCAUCGAUAAGAACUACCUGAUGUUCUGGAUCGGCGUCACCAGCGUGUUGGUCCUCUUCAUCAUCUACGCCUACAUCUUCAUCCUGUGGAAGGCGCACCACCACGCCGUGCGCAUGCUGAGCCGCGCCUCGCAGAAGAGCCUGGUGGUCUACUCUGCCGACGGGACUAAGGUGCAGACCACGCGACCAGAGCAGGCGCGCAUGGACAUCCGUCUGGCCAAGACCCUGGUGCUGAUCCUGGUGGUGCUGGUGAUCUGCUGGGGCCCGGUGCUCGCCAUCAUGGUCUACGACCUGUUCUGGAAGAUGGACGAUGACAUCAAGACGGUGUUCGCCUUCUGCACCAUGCUCUGUCUGCUCAACUCCACCGUGAACCCCAUCAUCUACGCGCUGCGGAGCAAGGACCUGCGUCACGCCUUCCUGAGCUCGUGCCACGCCUGCCGCAGCGGCGGGCAGCAGCUGGACAACAGCCUGGAGUCAGACUGUCAGAACAGACACAUCUCUGCUCACCGCGCCGCCGAGAGCGCCGUCAAGACCACUGUGAAAAUCGCCAAAGUCACAAUCUCUGUGUCCACAGACACCUCUGCUGAGGCCGUGUAG